AUCAAAUCUAGUAGGUCAGUUAUGUUAGGUCCCCCAGGAAUAAAUAAUAUGUGAACAAUGUAUACAACCUUUGUCAUUACGCUUAUUCUUCUCUUAUAUUCAAUCCAACAAUCGUCUGCUGACGAAUCCUCGACAGACCAAAACUCAACCCCGAAAUCAGCAUUCCACCCUUUCCAGCUACCUCCCCGAAUCGAUCACUCUCCAUUCUGGCAAAAAUGCCUCGAAGAGAAGCGAAUAGUUGGUGGUGAGCCGGCGCACAUUACGGAAGCACCCUACCAGGUCGGGAUCCGCCAAAUCAACUUCCCACUUCAAUCGGUGUGGCGCAGCCAUCUGAUAUGCGGCGGAUCGCUGAUUGGACCACGUCUGGUACUUUCGGCGGCCCAUUGCUUCUCGUCGAAACCGGACAAUCCGUACUUCUAUAAGGUGACCCUGGGUAACACUUUCAGGCUGGAUAAAACUCCCGGAGCUCUGGAGAGGAAUGUUGAGAUGGUGAUUAUACAUCCGGAGUUUCGCGUGCGGCCAUCGAUAAAAUUCGAUAUUGCUCUGAUAAUUCUGGACAAGCGGGUUGGUGAAUCUCCUUUCAUAAAGUUUGUGGAGCUUGCUUCGAGGCCUGCGGAGGAUAAUCAGCUAUGUGUAGUUACCGGAUGGGGGCGAGAAGACUUUUAUAAGCAAAAUAGACCGAACUGCAUGAUGAAGGCUACUGUACCAAUUCUGAAUCUGGACGAAUGCCGCAGAAGAUCGAUGUUGCCGAUUGAGGAUGGUUUUCUUUGUGCCGGGUAUUUCGAAGGUGGAAUCGACGCCUGCAAUGGGGAUUCUGGUGGACCUUUAGUUUGCGAUGGGGUGCAGUACGGAAUCGUCAGUUAUGGCAGCGGGUGUGCCGAAAAGAAUCUUCCCGGAGUCUACACGGACGUUUAUCAGAACCUGGAAUGGAUUACAAAGGAGUCUGUAAACGGAGGAAGAAGCUGGUCUUCGUCAAAAAUGUUAUUGUUUUUGGUAUUAAUCAUGUGGGUAAAAGUUGCAAACACGUUUUAAUUAAUAGCACGGCAUAUUGCAAUUAAAACUAGACCUAUGUAUGUAUCUACCAUGUAAUUAAAUUGGGUUA